GUUUUCGUGUUCGUCGGCGACCCUUCCUCCAUUUCUUUCCUCUUUCUCUGUCCGUGGCGAGAACAUCCACGGGCUCCACCAAUGGCGGAAGAUCUUCAUUAUUCCUCGCGGUCUGACCACAAACGGAAGUUCGACGACCAAGGCACUCCUCCUCCCGCUGCUCUUUCUUCUGGUCGUAGGUCCACCGGCUUCUCUGCACCGAUUGUCUCUCCACGUUCGGAGGCCGCUGCCCCACCUUCCUACAACACCGUUCCUCCCCCUCCCGAUGGCAUCCAGCUAGCUAAACAGCGGGCGCAGGAGAUCGCUGCAAGGAUCUUCAGUGAUGCCGAGGCCAAGAGGCCAAGAGUUGAGAACGGGGCUGGGGCUGAUGAUUCGAGCAACAAGGGGUUUGAUUUUGAUCAACCACAUAAUCCUUUUGGGCAGUCAUCACCAUCGCAAGGUGGGAUGACCACACCAUCAUCUUUUGCCUCUUAUGGAUUUGCUGGAUCGAACAAGAGAAUUGAUAUUCCUAAUGGAAGGGUUGGUGUUAUUAUUGGUAAAAGUGGAGAGACAAUAAAAUAUCUUCAGGUGAAUUCUGGAGCCAGAAUUCAAGUAACUAGAGAUAUGGAUUCUGACCCUCAUUCACAGACUAGACCUGUAGAACUUAUUGGAACUCCUGAGCAGAUUAGCAAGGCUGAACAGUUGAUUAACGAAGUACUUGCAGAGGCUGCAGCUGGUGGUUCUGGCAUUGUUUCGGGUCGGAAGUUUACUAGUACACCUACAGGUGCUGAGCAUUUUUCAAUGCAAGUUCCAAACAAUAAGGUUGGUCUAAUUAUUGGCAAAGGUGGUGAGAAUAUAAAAAACAUGCAAGCUACAACUGGGGCACGCAUCCAGGUGAUACCAUUACAUCUGCCACCAGGUGAUCCAUCAAUGGAACGAACUGUACAUAUAGAUGGCACAAAUGAACAGAUUGAAUUAGCAAAGCAAAUGGUUAAUGAUGUUAUUAGUGAGAAUCGCCCUAGGAAUUCACAAACAUCUGGAGGAUACCGUCCUCCUCGACCCCCAACGAGCUGGGCUCCCGCCGGAGCACCACCCAUGCAGCAACCCGGCUACGGAUACAUGCAACCUGGAACAUAUCCUGGUCAACCCCCUCAAUAUAACAUGUCUCAACAACCUUAUGGUGGAUAUCUUCCUCCAACCUCAACUGGUUGGGAUCAAUCAUCUAAUCCAGCAGGCCAGCAAACCGCGCAAGUAACUGGAUACGAUUACUAUAACCAGCAACAGCAACAGCCACAGCAGCAACCUACCAGCGAAUCUUCAGCUUUGACAGAUAGCAACAGCUACAACUAUAGCCAGAUUCCGCCCACUUACGCCGCCCCGGGAUCAUACGGCGAUUCAACCUAUUCCCAGUCUGCCGCCGGGCAUCAGCAAGGUUAUGGACAGGUGGCUAGUUAUGCGCAGCCUGGAUACACUCAGCCUAUUUCGGCCGCCCAGACUGGUUAUCCUCAGCAAGUUUAUGCUACUGGUUCAGCUCAGGACACUCAACAAGCUCCACCUCAACCAGGCUAUGGAUCCCAAACAGCUUCACAACCUGGAUAUGGACAAUCUCCUCAGGUGCAGAAACCAUCUCUUGCUCCGGCAGCUUAUGGCCAAGCUCCGCCGCCUGCGGCCACCUCUCAGGCUGCGUAUGCUCAGACUACACAAACUUAUGGGCAGCCUGUGCAGGGUUAUUCUCAGCCUUCACCAGCUUCUGGAUAUGCUCAACAAACGGGCUAUGGGCAGUCUUAUCUUCAGCAGCAGCAGCAGCAGUCGUCCUAUAAUGAAUCUUAUUCUGGUGCUUAUGGUCAGCCUUCGUAUUUGAGCGGCGACGCGCACGGGUCUUAUGAAGCACCUUCGGCAGCUCAGUCGGCCCAAAGUGCGGUGGCAAAAGCUUCGCCACAAAGUUGACUGAAUAAUCUAAUUAUGAAUGUGCUUUCUCAACAUUGCUGGGUGUUUUGGUUUGUAUUCUGUUCUGGACUUUAUUUUCUUGUAAUUUGGGAGAUAGAGGAUUUUUCUUUUCGAUAAGUUUGAGGUUUUGACAGUACUAUUUACCGGUUAAUUUUUAUGUUUUGUUCUAUUAGUUAGUGGCUUGUUAAGCAAAACCUGUACUGGGUUAUUCAACGGUUCUAUUUUGUGUUC